UCUCUAAUUACCUGUCAAAACAACGCCUGUAUCAUCUUGGCAUGACAUGAUGUUCUUCAUGGAAGAGAGUUUUGGAAACUUUUUCCAUCAUGCCUUUCAAACCUGACCGGGAAAAAUAUUGGCUCUACACUCAAUUCGUCACGUGCAGUUUGCAAAUAGAAAUAGAACUUUGAGCACAAAUACUUCUGUUAAGUUGUGUUUGUUGACAAAAAUGCCGAUGAGAACAAUCUUCUUCCGCAAGCCUAAUCUCAGCCCACAACAACUCUUCUUGCUAGCGGUCGCUAUCGUCCUUUUUGUUGGAUAUACGCUCCUUGAGAAGAAGAGCCUGAGGGCCGAUUCUCUGGUUCACGCUGAACAUCACCAAGUUACAUCCAAAGUUACAGUUACUAGCGAAACCAAAUCUCAACUUUCAGAACCAAGCUUAACUUAUGGAGAGAAGGAUUUUUUUCUUCAAGGAAAACCUCUUCGAAUUCUGAGUGGAGCAGUACAUUACUUUAGAGUCGUUCCACAGUAUUGGAAGGAUAGAUUGGUGAAACUUAAGGCCAUGGGGCUGAAUACGGUUGAGACUUAUGUUCCAUGGAACGCACAUGAAGAAGUGAAGGGUCAUUUUAAGUUUAAUGGGAACUUGGACAUCAGUGCAUUUAUCAAGCUGGCAAAGGAGUUGGGUUUGUAUGUUAUCUUGAGACCAGGACCUUACAUUUGUUCUGAGUGGGACUUUGGGGGAUUACCAAGCUGGCUGUUGAGUGAUCCUCACAUGGAACCAAGAUCAAUGUAUCCUCCAUUCAUUGAAGCUGUUGAUCAGUUUUACAAAAGGUUUCUGCCAAUUUUGGUUCCUCUGCAGUUUUCUAAGGGUGGUCCUAUUAUAGCUUUCCAAUUGGAGAAUGAAUAUGGAAGCUAUGCUUCUGCUGAUGUGGACUACAUGCAACACCUAAAAAUGAUUAUGAUCAAUGGAGGAAUAACAGAGUUACUUUUCACAUCUGAUAACCAUUCUGGACUGAAGAAAGAGUUCCUUACCUUACAAAAUGUUCUGAAAACAAUCAAUGUAGAUGUUCAACCUAAUGUGAAACAAGAACUAUCAUAUUUACAAGAAAUACAGCCAGACAAACCUGUUUUGAUAAUGGAAUACUGGGUAGGCUGGUUUGAUCUAUGGGGAAACGAUAAACACCAUGAUGGCAAGAGUGCUGGAAGUGUAGCAAGAGUCUUGGGAGAAAUUCUGGAGUUUGGAGCCUCCUUCAACCUCUACAUGUUUCAUGGAGGAACAAAUUUUGGCUUCAUGAAUGGUGCAAAUGGCCUUAGACCAACCACCACUUCAUAUGAUUAUGAUGCACCUUUAUCAGAAGCUGGAGAUAUGACACCAAAAUACCGCUCCAUUAAAGAUGCCAUAAAACAGCAUGCACCAGAACACUCUCUUCCCAAGAAUCUUCCUCAAGUUUCAGAGAACUCUUCAAGAAAGGAUUAUGGUAAAGUCUCCUUACAGCAGUUUAUGUCCCUAACCCACCUGCUUUCAUAUCAGACCCCUAUAGAAAGUGGUCAUGUAAUGCCAAUGGAACAACUGCCAAUCAACAAUAAUGGCGGACAAGGGUAUGGUUUCAUACUGUACCAGACAGAGUUACCUCACUAUCCAAAAGAGAUUGUAAUGGAACAAGUUUUGGACAGAGCCCAGAUCCUUUUAGAUUCUAUUCUGAUUCAAACAUAUGACGCAAGUACAAGAUACGAAAGUCCUGUGGUGAUUAAAGUGAGUCAGAAUCAUGCGCAGUCACAACGCUCAGCCGAGCCAACCAAGCACAAGCUGGAGAUCUUGGUAGAAAACAUGGGACGAACAAAUUUUGUUUGGGACAUGAAGAGGAUGCGGAAAGGUAUUACUGGGAAAGUGACUGUCGAUGGUCUAAGUCCUACCAAAUGGCGAAUUUACCCACUUCAAUUCAAGCCGCAAGAUCUGGCAAGCAUUAAAGAGAAAGGAAAAUGGGAUAAAGUACCGGUAAAAGGACCAAUCGGUCCAUUCCUGUACAACGGAACUUUUAAGGUCAGUGGAGGACCUAGAGACACUUUCUUGGAUAUGGCAAAUUGGAACAAAGGAGUGUGUUUCAUUAAUGGACAUAACCUGGGAAGAUACUGGGAAAGGGGUCCUCAGCGAACUUUGUAUGUUCCAGCACCAUGGUUACGGACAGGAGACAAUGAACUCAUCAUAUUGGAGCUUCACAGUUAUAUGACAGCAGCUGAAGUUUCAUUCAGAACAUCUCCGUUUUACCGAGGAUAAAAAUCUCCUGAGGAAUGCUUGAGCACAGUAUUUGAGCUGCUUUGAAUUUGACUCGACUCUCCCAGCUCAGUGACUCAUUGACGUCUAAAAGACAUUACGGAGGUUUCAUUGAUUGGAAGUCGUUCAGAUUAUGAAGCAGAAUACUUUCCCGGUGAAGUAACCUGAAAAACUGAUGAAAACUUCAUAUACCUUGUGGAGUAGGGUAGGACAAUGGUUCGAAACCUAGCCCCGUCGUCAUAUAAACCAAGCCUCUAGUUAACGAUGUGGAUCCUUUUAAAAGACACUUUCCAUGACUAAACCUGAGUAUAACGAACAAUAUUCUUAUGUCGAUGUUUGUGAGAGGCAUGGUAAGAACUUAAUGAUCAGUAAAGAACACGUGUCGCCAGUUAAAUGGUACUUCACGGCAUUCUUGGUUCCUUUCCUCGUUGCGAGGGUUGUUCUGGCUCUUCUUCCGCCAUAAAAACAGAGGUCUAAAUUCUAAUUCCACUUCGAUUCAGUUUAAAUUGAAUUUUUGAAAGCUCCCACGCUCCUCAAGCGUUUACAAAUUAUUUACAUUUUAACACUUGAGAAACUGCUCUACGUAAAGGACCUCUCUUUAAAAAGAAGUCUUCCACUAUUAGUUAGAAAAGGAAAGAAAAAAUUCGUGAAAAGAUUUUAAUAAUUACCAAACCGUUACGUCACAAUGGGCCAACGACAAGAUUGUCUUUUUGUAUUUUAAUUAUAAAGACUUUCGCUUGCUUGAGAUUUAAAUUUACACAGUGUGGAUAUUAUUUUCAAUUUUGAUCGGAAUUUGUAAACAACAACUUGUUUAUAAGGACCAUUAAUGCAGUACUAUUUCUCGUGAAAUGUGCUAAAGUAAAGAAAGAGAAUAACUUACGUCUGUGCUGCUACUGAUGUUAUUUAACUUUUAUACAUCCAGUUUUCAAAUUUAGACUUGAAUAUUGA